AUGUCUUCCGCAACAACUAUCACCAAACCCAACAUUGGUGUCUACACCAACCCCAAUCAUGACCUAUGGAUUGCCGAGACCACUCCGAAAUUAGAGGAUGUUCAAUCAGGCAAGGGUCUGAAGCCCGGCGAGGUCAUCAUUGAGGUGCGCAGCACCGGUAUUUGCGGAUCCGAUGUUCACUUUUGGCACGCUGGCUGCAUUGGUCCCAUGAUCGUCACCGGCGAUCACGUUCUCGGUCACGAAUCUGCCGGUCAGAUUGUCUCCGUAGCCCCCGAUGUCACCUCCCUAAAGGUUGGCGACCGCGUCGCCAUUGAGCCCAACAUUAUCUGUAACGCUUGCGAGCCCUGCCUGACUGGUCGCUACAAUGGAUGUGAAAAAGUCGACUUCCUGUCCACCCCACCCGUCGACGGCCUGCUCCGUCGGUACGUGAACCACCCCGCCAUCUGGUGCCACAAGAUCGGCGACGACAUGAGCUAUGAGGAUGGUGCCCUCCUGGAACCAUUGAGUGUCACCUUGGCCGCCAUUGAGCGCAGCGGUCUGCGCCUCGGUGACGCCUUGCUCAUCACCGGCGCUGGUCCGAUCGGUUUGAUUAGCUUGCUCAGUGCCAAAGCAGCAGGUGCCUGCCCCAUUGUCAUUACUGAUAUUGAUGAGGGUCGUCUGGCCUUUGCCAAGAGUCUGGUACCGGAGGUACGCACCUACAAGGUGGAGAUUGGAAAGUCAGCCGAGGAGUGUGCCGAGGGUAUCAUCAAUGCCAUGAAUGACGGCAACGGUUCUGGUCCCGAUGCCCUGCGCCCCAAGCUGGCCUUGGAGUGUACCGGUGUCGAGAGCAGUGUCAACUCGGCCAUCUGGAGUAUGAAGUUCGGUGGCAAGGUCUUCAUCAUCGGUGUGGGCAAGAACGAGAUGACCAUCCCCUUCAUGCGUCUCAGCACCCAAGAGAUUGAUCUCCAGUACCAGUACCGUUACUGCAACACCUGGCCUCGGGCCAUCCGCUUGGUUCAGAACGGCGUCAUUGACCUACGCAAGCUGGUGACUCACCGCUUCGCCAUCGAGGAUGCCCUCAAGGCCUUUGAGACCGCCGCUAACCCCAAGACUGGCGCAAUCAAAGUGCAGAUCAUGAGCUCUGAGGAGGACGUCAAGGCGGCCGAAGCUGGUAAAGGCUUUUAA